AUGUCACAGCCCACUUACAUUGUUCGCCUGAGGCCCGGGACAAAUGCUACCCAGUUCAAGGCCCACACUGACCUCGUCGCCACGAAAUGUAAAGACGCCAAAUACAGCAAAGACGCGGCAGGGAAACCCUACGCUGGAAUUCAGACCCGCUUGGAAUUGGUAUUUUUCGGAUACACCGGUCAAUUCCACCCUGAUCUGUUGAAAGAAAUCGACAAGCUGCCUGAAGUCGAGUCCGUUGACCAAGAUCAUGCCUUGCAAAGCAUGGAAACACGUUCACGAAAUUGGGGAUUAUCAAGGAUCACCAUAGACCAGAAGCAAUUCCUGCGCAUUCCAUCCAAUGGGACCUGGGUCUACGACAAUACGACUCCGCGUUGGAAAAAUUGUCUCUCUGAUGACCUUGGAAAGAAUACGACCAUUUACAUCGUGGAUGAAAACGGAUAUCGCACAGAGGACUUCAAUCAAAAGCCGGGUCGCCUGACUGCCUUUGCUGGCACAGUAACGGCACAGCCCGGGGUCCUCGCUCAUGCCGCGCUCGUCACUGACAUCGCAGCGGGUGACACAUAUGGCGUUGCGAGGGAUAGUACUAUCAAAGUAUGGGCAAAGGACAAGGAGAUCUCCACAGCCAGUGCGCUCGGGGGAAUGGAAGCAAUCUUGCAACACCGGAAGAGUCUAUCAGCAGACGACGCCAAAAAGCCAGCCGUCCUCAAUUGCUCUUUCGGUGACUUCAAAGGACCCAGUAAGGCGUCAGAUGAUCUUCUCAUAGCCCUGAGAAGGGUGUUGGACGCGGGCAUCAUCAUCGUUGCAGCAGCUGGGAAUGUGAACGUCUGUGGUUUCCGUCUAUGA